AUGUUUCGCUCCAAUUUCAUCAGAAAUUCGAGAUCUGCAUUCAAGCAGUUCUCCAAACGGAGUUAUUCAUGGAGAUCAGUUUCGACUAGCCCCAGGCUGGCCAAACAUGCCACCUCCGCGUUGGCUAUUGGAUUGUCCAGUGCUAUUGUUUUGUCAGUGACUUCUUCCAUCAUCUCCAACGACAUCAAGUACGAGGAUAAGCUGUUUCCUGAGCCCAAACUUAUACCUGUGGACGAGUUCCUUAAGCACAAUAAGCCAGAUGACUGUUGGGUGGUUCUCAAUGGCUGGGUUUAUGAUAUGACUGAGUUUAAGGAGAUCCACCCCGGUGGUCGCAAUGUGAUCAUCAGAAAUGCCGGCAAAGAUGCUACGAAAAUUUUCACGCCCAUCCACCCGCCAGACGCGAUUGAGAAGUUCCUUCCUGCCGAGAAGAUCAUUGGAAAGUUGGACGGAAUAAUUGAGCAGGAAGAGGAGGAGGACCCUGAUGAACUUGAGCGUCAAGAGAGAAUUAGCAAUAUUCCUAGUCUCAACCAAGUCUACAACAUCGCAGACUUCGAGAACAUCGCGAAGCAAAUCUUGCCCAAGGGGGCAUGGGCCUACUAUUCUUCUGGAGCAGAUGACGAGAUUACUCUUCGUGAAAAUCAUUAUGCCUACCACCGGGUUUUCUUCAGACCUCGUAUUCUCGUGGAUGUGAGUGAAAUUGAUCUUUCAACCACCAUGCUGGGCCAGAAGACCAGUGCUCCUUUCUACAUUUCUGCUACUGCCCUUGCCAGACUGGGUCAUCCAGACGGUGAGGUUGCUAUUGCAAAGGCUGCUGGAAGAGAAGAUAUCAUCCAGAUGAUUUCCACAUUGGCCUCAGCAUCGUUGGAUGAAAUUACAGAGGUGGCCACCGAGGACCAGAAGCAAUGGUUCCAGCUGUAUGUAAAUGCGGACCGCAAUAUCGCCUACAAGAUGGUUGCCAAUGCCGAGUCCAAGAAGAGCAUCAAGGGUAUUUUUAUUACUGUAGAUGCCCCUUCUCUCGGAAACCGUGAAAAAGACAAGAAAAUUAAGUUUGAGGGCGAUACCGAUGUUGAUUUGGAGGACAAUGCCGACAGGGCCAGUGGUGCUUCCAGAGCACUCUCCAGUUUUAUCGACACUGCCCUUACCUGGAAAGAUAUUGACGUCAUCAAGCAGAAAACCAAAUUGCCAAUUGUUAUCAAGGGAAUCCAGAGAGCGGAGGAUGCCCUAAAAGCCGCAGAGCAUGGCGUAGAUGCAAUCGUACUGUCCAAUCACGGAGGACGCCAAUUGGACUUUGCACCUGCUCCUCUGCAGCUGCUCAGCGACAUCAUGCCAGUGUUGCGUGAAAAAAAGCUGGACGGAAAAAUGGAAGUUUUUGUAGACGGUGGUGUAAGACGUGGAACAGAUGUUUUAAAAGCACUUUGUUUGGGUGCAACGGGAGUUGGUAUUGGCCGUCCAGUAUUAUAUUCGAUGUCUGCAUAUGGUGAGGCAGGUGUGACCAAAGCAAUCCAGCUACUGAAGGAUGAGCUGGAAAUGGACAUGCGUCUGCUGGGUGUAACCAAGAUCUCGGAUCUAGGACCCGAAUUCGUCGAUACGAGGGGCCUAAUUGGUGUCCAUGCGAAGGAUAUGCUGUACGAUAAUUUGUACGCACCCCUGGAACCGGUUAAGUUCAAAGACGAAUGA